AUGCCUCAAGCACAGCCCGAGCUCAAGAAGUACCUCGAGAAGCGCGUUCUCGUGCAGCUGAACGGCAGCCGCAAAGUCAUGGGCAUCCUGCGCGGCUACGACGUCUACCUCAACAUUGUGCUCGACGACGCAUUGGAGGAAAAGGCCGGCGGCGAGAAGGUGCGCAUCGGCAUGGUCGUCAUCCGCGGCAACGCCGUCGUCAUGCUCGAGGCCCUCGACCGCAUCAACCAGGACGUCCCCAAGAUCGGCCGGUAA